CCGUGAGCUGAUAGGUCGCUGCUCAGUGGUCGCAGUAUGGCCUAUGGAAUAUAUGGCGGUAUUUACGUAUUAAAUGAUGAACGCUGACACAUUCGCGCUGUACAGUAGUCUGUAGCUGCACUGUCUCAAUAUGGCUACGACUGAAGUGAAUGGAUCUGCAGAUUGCUCCGAAAAGUGCCAGAGCCUCAUUGCUCGUUCUUUCGAAAUACAUGAACAGUUUUCAGAAAAAGAGGCAAAUUUGAUGAAGAAGCUCAAAGAGCUGGAAAUGAAGGUAAAGGAACAAAAGGAUAAACUCGAGGAGCUAUGUGAAUAUCAGAAAGAGAUGGAAAUGAAAGAGAGAGAGGAGGAUGCUGCAACAGAUUCUUUAAAGCAUGAAAUGAAACUUUUAAAAGACAAGAAUCACGAACUUGAAAAUAAGAGAGAGAUGCUGAAGAACAAAAUAGAAGCGUUAAAAAAUUUUCAGCCAUCGGCUGAGGACGCUGCCAAUUUACAGUUAUGUCGGCUCAAAUACCAGCUCUACAAAGACAUAACUGGAGUGCGCUGGGAUUAUAAAGCUAAGGCACCUCGGGGCUAUGUUGUGAAUAAGAAGACUCACUAUGUGAAACCAUUUUCACACGAAUCUCCCAAUGAAGAUAAGUUGUGGGAGGAAAUUGCAAAAGCCAGCACUGCAGACUGGAGUGCUUUUUCUUGUGAAUGAAUCAUGAAACACCUUGAAAAAUACUUACACUUUUAUAUUUCCAUGACAUUAAAUAUAUUUUAGCUAUUCAUGUGUAAAGUUUUAUAUGUCUGUCAGAACAAGAAUGUUGCACAUAUCUUCAGUGUGAAGAAGCAGUAUAGCAUUAAAUAAGUAUAAAAUUACUAUUUUUUCACAACCUGUCCUUUACUACCCUGCACUGCUACCACAAGUUAUCACUUUAAAAUAUGUCACCAACUUAAGCUCAGCAACUCUCCUUCCCACCAUAAAAAAAACUCUGCAUUCAAUUUUAUCUAUCUCAUUGAGGACUUAAGCUUCACACUGAAAUAUUUUUCUCAUUUUGUACAAAAAACAUGUUUCUGUAAGAGAGGGUGGUUAACCUCAUGUAAAUAUUAUUGUAUCUAAAAGAAGUGUUAGUUUUAAUCAUGUUAAACAAAGCAGAAUAAUAACUGUGUUUAAUUAAAAAUUAAAUUGAUUUGUGAAAGUUUCCGAAAGAAAACUGUGUAAAAUAUACUUACUAUCCAUGUUGGCAAA